UCAGGGCUGAGCUCCACGCCACUGAGAGCUGGUGAGAGGCCACCAUCAGGGAGUAUCUGCACGGGGAGGACAAUGCAUUUUCAGCUCAUUAAGCUUUAUAAACAAAUGGCUUACUGUUGAAGAUGCUAGAUGUCAUGGAUGAGGGCUGAAAGACUUUGGGAAGAUCAAUAAAUCCAGAUGGGCUUUUGAAGGGGCUUUAACUGGACUUCAUUAAGAUGAGCUUAAAGACGACAACUAGCGGCUAAAGAACAGGAUCUGAGUACAGACUGAGUAAGAUGGGCAACGCCAUCCGAGGAGUCAUCGCCUUCAUUCCCUCUGAACGCUGCCAGCGCUACCUGGUAGGAGACCUGAAGGAGAUGCCGCUGGACCGGACCCUGGACCUGAGCAGUCAUCAGCUGCGGCGGCUUCCUGUCUCUGUCUGCAUCUUUGAUGAGCUGGUGAAGCUUUACCUGAGUGACAAUAACCUCAGAAGCCUGCCUGAUGAACUGCAGGGCCUCAGAAAGCUGCAGCUUCUUGCCCUGGACUUUAACUGCUUUGAGGAGCUCCCUGCAGCAAUCUGCAGGUUGCAGCAGCUCACUAUACUUUACCUUGGCAACAACAGGCUGCACCGUCUUCCCAAAGAACUAAGACAACUCAAGGAACUGAAUACUCUGUGGUUGGAGACGAAUUGCUUCACUGUUUUUCCAAAGGUAGUUUGUGAGCUCAAAAACCUUAAGACGCUGCAUCUUGGAUAUAAUCAGAUACGUAGUUUGCCAAAAGAUCUGAGGCGUUUGGAGGAACUGAGAAGUAUCUGGCUUGCCGGGAACUUGCUGACAGAGUUCCCACCAGAGCUGCUCCAAAUGCACUCACUGGCCGUCAUUGAUGUGGAUCGGAAUAAAAUACGACAGUUCCCGAACCUGUCUCACAUGCAGGGCCUGAAGCUGGUCAUUUAUGACCACAACCCCUGUGUCAACGCCCCAACGGUGGGCGAGGGUGUGAGAAGAGUGGGCCGCUGGGCUGACAAUUCAGAUGACGAGCAGGAAGAUGAAGGAGCCAAAGUAAGGAGUGAGGAUACAACUGAGGGGGUAGAGGUGCAUUCGGAGGAAAAGCAAAACAACGUAGAGCAAGAAAAUGACGUUCAGCUGUGACUGGGCCUGAAUAUCAGGAAAUUUUAGUGGAGUCCUUAAAGCAGAAUGUCAGAGGAGGAACAGUCUGUUUGAUCCAUAUAUAGUUAGGCUGAUUGCUCUAGGCUAGGCCAAAUAGAUAAUCAUAAUUUCAGAGUUGUAAAAGGUUUGUAUGCCUGUUUGUGGCCACUUUUUUAGUAAAAAGAGAUUGUCUUCCACUUUGGUUUUAAAGCCAUCAAUGAUGCAAAUCACUUGCUUCCCAAAACAGAAAUGUGCUCUUUUGGAUUCAGAUCUAAGGACUGUGGAGGGCAGUGGAGUACAAAAAACAUAUUACAUUUGAAAUAAAAAAUGUAGAUUAUUUGAGGUUUCUGAGAUCUUGCAUAAUGGCGAUGGACACAUCUAUGAAAAGAUGGAUCUAAUGUGUCAAACUGUUGAAUUUUAAAAUGGACCAUUUUUAGACAGUUUCAGUUUUUGCUGUCUUCAGCUGCUGUAGCCCAUCAGCUUCAUGGUCCAAUGUGUUUAUUAUUUCAAUAUGAUGACAAGGGGUUAUAUUACUACUGUUAUAUAUAUAUUUUUUUGUUAUAUUGAACUAGUCUCAAUUCUCGACUCUGAAUUCAAAUCGGUUAUUUUUAUUCUUGAUAUUUUCUUUUUCUCAGGCCAUUUUCUGUAAACCCCAGAGAUCACUGUGCAUAAAAAUCCUAUUAGAUCAACAGUUUCUGAAACAACCCUGCCAGGUUGGGUGUCAGGUAACUCACCUUUCUGUGAACUUUAACAACCUCUGAUGGUUCGGUUAUGUUCAGAAAAUUAAAUUGCAUAGCUAAUUAAGUGGCUAGUGAGUGCACAUUUUUAGCUCAAAUUAAAUUUAUGGUUUUAGCGAUCAAGUUUGACCUAUUUUAUCUUACAGUUGCAAAACAGUAUUUCAAAUCAUUUUUAAAGGUGUUUUUAAAGAUUAUUUUUAGGCACUAGAGGCCUUUUUUUUUUUUUUUUCAAGAGUAUGGAGACAGGAAAGUGGGUUAGAAGAGAGGGGAGAGACAUUCUGCAAAGGUCAGCAGGACCGGGACUCGAACCUGCGACAGCCGUUUAAAGGUGUUCUUAACUACAAGUUGUUUUUUACAAAUUUCUGUGAACAUAUGCGGCAUUGAAAUCCAUAAUUUCUAUUAAUGUAAUAUAGCUGGCCCAUUUACUUACCAAUAGUUAAAUGACAAGUCUAUUGUUGGGUCGGGGGGGUUAACUCAGAGAUUUAAAAAAUGGGUUUUAAUUCUAAAAUAGCUUCUGCACCUUCCGAGGCUAAAAAAAGUCUUUAAUACUAGUGAUGGAUGGUCUGAGUAACAGGGCGCAGUCAUUAUCCAGAUGAAUGCAUAAUUCAUUUGAUAAAUUGGAACUGUGGUUUCGAAUAAAGGUCACUAAUGGGGCUUAAUAUCCUUAUCCGAAGCUUAUGGUUUGAAAGAGCCAAUAAAUGCAUGUUUGUACAUCCUUAAGUUACCAGGAAAUGUUGUCUAAAUGGAAAUAAAGGCCACUUCACAGUAAAGGAUUUGAUACAUCUGAGGCUUGCUUUUAACGAAGCCAACAAGAACACACAUAAAAGGGCUGUGAAUAAUAUAUUCAUCCAGGAAUGUAAUUGUUCCCAUAGAACUGGAAGAGUUUGGCCAGCAUUGUUUCCCCAUCAGAAAUAAAAACAUUG